UUUGUUCUUUUUUUUUUCUUUUUUAUGUGUCCAUUUAAUCAUGUGUAAAUACUGAGCAUGGAAAAUAAGAAUUGGCAACAAUGACAAUGUCACGAGAUGUUUGUCACGAGUAAAAGUAGAAAUUACGAGGUACACAUGAAUGCUGCAGCGUCCCAUGUGUGAAAGUUAGCUGCAAAAAACGGCUUGUGUUUUAACUUGCACGUAUUUAGACAUUUUAAAUCACUCGUGUAGUUUAUGUAUUUCAAUUCAAAAGCGACUUGAUAGCAGUCAACGCAUAUUAGAAACCCACAAUUUUAACCGUUACAGUAAGGUAGUAACACAGUUUUAUCAAGCUAACCCAUGUUAGCAUUAGCUCCCCUAUGAGUCCUUUCAGAUGCACAAGAUGUGAAGAUGUUUACACCAAGUUUCUCUGCAGAGCAGCAGAAAGAGCUGGCGAAAAGACUCACGGAUUUUCUAACUCAGUACAGCUACCUAACCGACUCGUAUAUUAUUGAGUUCUUCACUGAGGACCUCUGGCACUCGUUACCCAGCGCAUGGCAGGCUGUGCUGCAGGACCUGACUUACCCACAGAUUGCAGACCUGUUAUUAGAUGCUACACAUGGAGAAAGGAGGUACCCCUCGGUGUGGCCUCUGUCUCUCUUGGCUUUCCGCGCCACAGCUCAUGCUCUGGCUUUCCCCAGAGAUAGCAGGGAUGACCAAGGCGGAAUAGCUGGUUUGCUGAAGCCUGAGGAGUUCCUGGAAAACCAAAGCCAGAGUUCUCUGCUGGGCCAUAUUUUCAGGAAGCAUGUCAAACCAAAGAAGCAGCACGAGAUCCGAAAGCUUGGCAUGGUAGUUAGACAAAUUUGUGACCAAACUGGCUGCCGGAGUGUGGUGGACGUUGGCUCUGGGCAGGGUCAUCUGACUCGUUUCCUGUCCUUUGGGCUGGGGCUGUCUGUGACUGCCAUUGAGGCAGACCACACACUUGUUUCGAUGGCAGCCAAAUAUGAUGGAGAGUUACUGUGGACCUUGGAAAAAGAAAAGCAGAAAAAGAGCUGCUCCCUGCUUCCUGUAGCCCAAGCACUUCCCCGCCAUGUGGCUGGUUGGGUAAACCCCAAAGCAUCAUGGGAGGCUUUUAUCAAGCAGCUACGGGCUGAAGAUGAUCUCGACGAUGGCCCCCCGACUCCAUGUGGGCCCAGCAAAAAGAGACUGCGUGGUGUUGACCAUCAGAGGUGCCGUCAUGCAGUCCAGACUCCACCCACCAAUGACUCCACACCUGAUGCUUUCUCGCAAGUCCCAAACAAGAACAAGACUAAAGACGAAUUUUCUGCCGAGGACUGUGUGUCGUGCGUCCAGGCCGACAAUGGGCUGGUGGAAAACCUUCCGCGGGACUAUCCCGACUUCGUCCUGACUGGGCUCCACGCCUGUGGGGACCUCAGCGCCACUCUGCUCCGCCAUUUUGUCAACUGCCCUCACGUCCGCGCCAUCACCUCUGUGGCCUGCUGCUACAUGAAAAUCACGACUAAGGAAAACCCCGCCCCCCCAGGGCUGGUCGCACCUCCCGGUCCGCUCGCACCAAACCCUGAGCCGCCCCCCUCGGAGUUCGGCUAUCCGAUGAGUUCUUGGGUGGGGGGGCUGGCGGGACAGCAGCUGUCCUACAAGGCGCGCGAGGGGGCGUGCCACGCCCUGGAGGACUACGUGCGGCGGCUCAGGGAUGGAAACGAGCUGCUCCGGACCCACUGCUACCGCGCCAUGCUGGAGGCCUUCAUCAGGGAGGCGAGGCCAGAGCUCCGAAGGGCCGGAAUCCAGACCAUUAAGAAAUCCCACUUAUUACCAUUUAACGAAUAUGCCCGUCUGGGUCUGGCCCGGGUCGGCCUGCCUCCCGCCUUGCCCCUGGACCCGGCGCGAGUGGAGGCCAUGUUGAAACAUGAGGGCAGGGUGGUGGUGUACUUCAGCCUGGCUCUGCUGCUGGCUCCCGUGGUGGAGACGCUGGUGCUGCUGGACCGGAUGAUUUACCUGCAGGAGAACGGUGUAGACAGUCAGCUGGUUCCUCUCUUCAACCCAAACUUCUCUCCAAGAAACUUUGUGCUUGUGGCUCUAAAACCUUCUGGACAGUGAAGUCGAACAGGAAAAAUGGAUUUUCAAUCUUAAGUUUGAGCUGCUUUGAACAAUGUGGGGAUUCUAUUUGCUGUCCUUUGCACAUCAUCUGUCCUGCUUACAUGUUUUUAUCUGCCAAUCGUGUUUUUCAGGACUUUUAUUUAUCACACCUGUUUAAAUGGAGCUUUACGGGUAGGUUUUUGUUGUCUUAUUUUAAAGCAUUAAACAAUGCAUGAUAAAAAGAGUUCUAACCAUUCUUUCUUGUAUUAAAAAAAAGCAUCCUCCUGGAAAAAAGGGGAUGCAUCAUCCUUCUAUUUUUAUUUGACAGGAAGGCAGCAGGAGAGAGGUAAGGUGACACCUCUGCACACACUACCAGAAAGCUGCAGUCCAAAGAACGACCUAAGCAGAGAAAUACAAUGGAAAUAGGGUAACACAGUCUGAAGGGGUGUCUUUGUUAAAGAAUUAUGCCACUGCACCCUUCUGGAUCAUGCCUGAGAAGCCCUCAUUUUAAAAGCA